CUUCUGUAUUUUCUCUUUAGGCUACCUGAUUGUCCAUUUUAUCCACUUCCUGUUUGCUCUGCUGUUCGUCUAUGCGCUGGUUCUUCCCAUACAGCAUGGAAAAGCACUGAGCAUGCUCAGCAACCUGGGGCUUAUACUUUUGACCAUCACUCUGGUCAUUGCCCUGGUUUUCCUCCAGAUAGCUCUGGUUCAGAUCUUCUUCCUUCAGGACAAAAUGUCUCCAACUGAUAAGCAGAAACCUCUGGCUAUCAACAACAGGAAGGCAUUCCACUGCUUCAACUACUUCUUCUUUUUCUACAACGUAGUGAUGGGGAUCAGCAACUGCAUAAUGAGGCUGGUGUUCAGCAUUGUGACAGGAACGUGGCUAGUGUCUCGCAUAGACCGGACCAUUAUGCAGAGAGGAUAUGAAAACUUGGAUGCUGGCUAUGGUACUUGGAUUGGGAUGAUCUUUGCUGACCACUACCAUAAUAAUCCAGUCAUGGUGUGUUUCUGCCAGCUGCUGGUCUAUCACAAGCUGGAGAGCCACACUGCAUCUAUAUACUCAACAUUCAACAACCUGCAGUCCGAAUCCCCUGUGAAUAGCCGGGCCAGGACGCGUUGGAUGUUGGCUUAUUCCCUACUGCGGAACCCUCAUCUGAUCCUGCUUAGGAAGCACCACCUCUCACAAUCUUCAUCAGUACAGUCGGACACAGUGGUGCAGGCUUGUGUCAUGGCUUCUCAAUCAAAGGAAGUUUUGCUACCAGAGAUCGUAGUCACACCAGCAGAAGAGUCUUAAAGAAAAAUUUUACAUAGAUUUUCAUCUUGUUGUGACCAUGUGGUGUUUUCGAUACGUUUUUUUCAUCUGACGAGUUAUAAUCUGAUUAAUGUGAUCCAUUCGUCCUUAGGAGAUUUGACUUAAGGAAACUGUGAGAACCUGUAUUGUAGAUUGACUGUUUAAGUCAAGUUAUGUUUUGAACUGCUGCACAGUAUAUGGACACGGUCAAGGUUAACUGUGGACCUUUGUACAUAAUCACAACAACCUCUCUGCCACAUAUUCUACUAACGGAUGUGGUGCACUACAGCUGGCUGUUUAUCAGCCUAAAUAUGUUUAAUUUAUUAAAAUCAUGUGAGCCACACCAUA